UACGACACUUUCACAAUCACUCGACGUCUUCUCAGUCGAAAUGAAGUGCCUUCUGCUUUCACUUGCUCUGCUCGAACUGCUGCUCUGGCACAAAGGAUCGGCACUGUUACUGGACAAGAACUGCGCCUGGACCGACGACGAAGUCGUACCAACCAAUACUCAUUGGAUAGCAGUAGUAAGAAGCAGUUUUUUUACUUGCGCCGGCACGCUGAUUUCCAAAAACUAUGUGCUCACUGCCGCGCAAUGUAUAUAUGGUCAGAGGGGGCCUAUGUUUGUUCAACUGGGGGAAAGGCACUUCAAUGUGAGCCGCGGUAUAAUGCAUCGUGGUUAUGGAAUGCAGCCCGGUCCGAAUGAUAUUGGAUUGCUAAAACUCGACGGUGAAGUAAACUACAGCACCGAUCACAUUCGACCCAUCUGCAUCUUAAUGGAUGCCGCCUCUGUGUUGCAAAACAUUAAUCGAUUUUCUGCCUUUGGCUGGCGCAAACCGAAGGCCGGAGACGAUAGCCCAGUACUGACCACCCACCAGUUAAGGCGUCUCCCUUCGGAGAAGUGCCAAAGCGACAUGCUUCCGUUGACUAACAAGCAAUUCUGCGCCGACAGCGAGGUGGGCGACGGAAGCUGCAAUGGCGAUGCUGGAGGACCCCUAGCCGUCAUCAUAAAUAAUCGCCCAGUCCAGGUGGGCAUCACAAGCUAUGGCCCUAAAAGUUGCAAUGGUCCUGCGGUGUACACAGACGUGACGAGCUACACCCGCUGGAUAGCUUCAAUUGUACGAUAUUAA